CGGCUUUUCUCUUCAUGGGCUGGGCGUGUUUCGGUUCUGCUAACGGUAUUGGGUAGAUUCUAGAACAGUUGUACAUACAGAGUUGUACAAUAGAUAGUCUCUGUUGGAAAGGAAGUAAUGAAGAACUUGCACUAGCUAGACUACUUUUUCUGUGAGAAUCUUGAUAUAAAAAAAAACACGAUGCAAAAUCCGGACUCGGGACAGGGAGAAUCCACCAAGAAUGCAUCUGGGUCGGUCCAUUCCGACAAUAAUGCACCGAAUAGCGGAGAAAUGAAGCCACCGGGUUUUGACGCUGUAUCGGUUCUUUGGACAUUUGGCAAGUGCCUAGGUGCCUUGCUGCCCGUGUACCUUGCAGGAUACUACCGGGUUAGCGCCAGUUUUUUGGUUUUCGGGCUUAUGGUCUACACGGGAUGGAGGCACUCGCGCGAGGCAAAAGAAGCUCGUCUGCGGUCCGCCAUUCACCACUAUGACAACGAGAAACAAUAUACAUCCAUGAAAAUGUUCAGAAGUAAAAAGGAUCUCCCUGCUUGGGUCAACUUCGCAGAUGUGGAGAAGGUGGAGUGGCUCAAUAAGAUUCUGCAGCAGGUGUGGCCGUUUGUGGGUCAGUAUCUGGAAAAGUUGCUGGUGGAGACCAUCGCUCCCUCCAUCCGUUCCUCCAGCACUCACCUCCAGACCCUCACCUUCACCAAGGUGGACUUUGGGGACAAGGCCAUGAAGGUUGUGGGUGUGAAAGCACACACAGAGAAUGAGAGGGGACAAGUUCUGCUGGACGUGUACAUCAGCUAUGUUGGAAACGUUGAGAUUAAUGUUGAGGUGAAGAGGUAUUUCUGCAAAGCAGGAGUCAAGGGAAUACAGCUGCAUGGGAUGAUGAGGGUGAUUCUAGAGCCUCUGAUUGGAGAUGUCCCCAUCGUGGGCGCGGUCACCAUGUUCUUCAUCCGCAGGCCGAAACUGGACAUCAACUGGACUGGAUUGACCAAUUUACUGGACAUCCCUGGCCUGAACAUCAUGUCUGACACUAUGAUAAUGGACGCCAUCGCCUCCUUCCUGGUUCUGCCCAACCGCCUGACUGUUCCCCUGGUAGCAGACCUGCACGUUGCCCAGCUACGCUCUCCUCUGCCCAGGGGUGUGGUCCGUAUCCACCUCUUGGAGGCUGAUGACCUGCCAGCUAAGGACAACUACAUGAAGGGAGUGAUAGCAGGGUUGUCUGACCCGUAUGCUCUGUGUAGGGUGGGGCCUCAGACUUUCACCUCCCACGUUGUGGACAACACUGUCUGUCCCAAGUGGGGAGAGAUGUAUGAGGUCAUAGUCCAUGAAGUACCAGGUCAGGAGCUGGAGGUGGAGGUUUAUGACAAAGACCCAGACAAUGAUGACUUUCUGGGGAGAACCAAGAUAGAUUUGGGUAUCGUGAAGAAGUCCAAAGUUGUUGAUGAAUGGUUCACCCUGAAAGAAACCAAGUCAGGACGUGUCCAUUUCAGACUGGAGUGGUUGGUCUUGUUGCCCAGUACGGAGCGACUGGAACAGGUUCUUCAGAGGAACGAGAGCAUGACGGUGUCCAGUAAGACUUCUGACCCCCCUUCGGCAGCUAUCUUGGCAGUGUAUCUGGACAAGGCUGAAGCCCUUCCUAUGAAGAAGGGCAAUAAAGAACCUAGUCCCAUGGUGCAGUUGUCUGUACAGGACAUCACCCGAGAGAGCAGGACCUGUUGGACGACCAUCAACCCAAAAUGGGAGGAUGCCUUCACCUUCUUUAUCCCAGAUCCACACAAGCAGUCAAUAGACAUUCAGGUGAAGGACAAUGACCGGAUACAGACACUAGGUAGUCUGUCCAUCCCUCUGUCCCGUCUGCUGUCCAGCCCCAACCUGUCUCUGGACCAGUGGUUCCAGCUAGACAAAUCUGGCCCUGCCAGCCGCAUCUACAUCAACACUGUACUCAGGGUGUUAUGGUUAGAUGAGGAAAACAUCCCCACUUCCUCUACAGAAGCAGCCAACCUAUCAGCAGGUCUCUCAAAGAUACGCCCCCAACAGACCUCCCCAGACCCCAGCUUUGCCACAGAGGGGGUGCUGAGAAUCCACCUUCUAGAGGGCCAAAAUCUGGUUCCCAAGGACAAUAUGAUGGGGGGCGUGGUGAAGGGCAAGAGUGACCCCUAUGUCAAGAUCAACAUUGGGGGUGAGACCUUUGAAAGCCGGGUCAUCAAUAGGAACCUCAACCCCACCUGGAACGAGAUGUAUGAGGUGGUUCUGACCACACUGCCUGGCCAGGAGCUGCAUGUAGAGCUGUUUGAUAAGGACAUGGACAUGAAGGAUGACUUCAUGGGAAGGUUGAAGAUCAGUCUGAAGGAUAUCAUCACCUCUCAAUACACUGACCAGUUGUACACUCUGAAUGAUGUGAAGUCAGGUCGCCUUCACCUGGUACUGGAGUGGGUACCAACAGUAUCACAACCAGACAGACUGGAUCAGGUGUUCCAGUUUCAGUCCAGGCAGUCUUACCACAACAAAGCCUUUCCAUCCAUGGCUCUACUGUUUGUGUUUGUGGAGAGGGCUGACGGCCUACCCCUGAAGAAAAGUGGGAAGGAGCCAAAAGUGGGAGCUGAACUUGUUGUGGGAGGGACCUCCCAUAAAACGACGGUGUGUGAUCGCACCAUCUCACCCCAGUGGGACGAGGCUUUUUACUUCCUGGUUCAUGACCCCAGAGAGGAGAUCCUCAUAGUGAAGUUGUCUCACAGUUGGACCUUGCCUAUUGGUUCUCUGGUGGUACCAGUCAGAGAGCUGCUGUCAGAACCAGAUCUGGUCCUGGAUCAGUGGCUGAGUCUGGAUGGAGCCUCACCUGAUAGUCAGAUUCUACUGAGGGCUGAACUGAAGGUGCUGUGUCCCAAGAAGUGUGAGAUUGAUGUGGAUAGGGCAGAUCAACCCAGAGCUCGAGCCACCUCUACUGCUGAACAGAUACUGGAGAGAGACACAGUGCAGCAGAGGUGUAUUUCAGUGGACACUCCCAGUGCUCCAUCCCCCAGCCCUUCCUCUAUCCCAGCACCAGUAUCAGAGCCAGAGGAGGCUAAGAGGGUAACAGUUACUGAGAUGGUACCUGAGGAGGUCACUGAGGAACCCUGUCUUCCUGGAACACUCCCAACACACACCAACCCUGAGCCCAGCUUUGGCUCUGAGGGGGUGCUGAGAAUCCACCUACUGGAGGCCCAGAAUCUAAUCGCCAAGGACAAUCUGAUGGGGGGCCUGAAGAAGGGCAAGAGUGACCCGUACGUCAAGAUCAACAUCGGAGGGGUCAAGUUUAAGAGUCAUGUGAUCAAGGAGAACCUCAACCCCACCUGGAACGAGAUGUAUGAGACGGUGAUGACCCCACAGUCAGAUCAGGAGGUCCAGGUAGAGCUGUAUGAUAAAGACAUGGACAAGGAUGACUUCCUGGGCAGGUGUAACAUCAGUAUGAGAGACAUCAUACACUCCCAGUAUACAGACCAGUGGUACACUCUGAAUGAUGUGAAGUCAGGUCGUGUUCACCUGGUACUGGAGUGGGUACCAACAGUAUCACAACCAGACAGACUGGAUCAGGUGCUACAGCUGCAGUCUCUCCAGUCCUACCAGAACAAGGCUGUUCCCUCUGCUGCUCUGCUCUUCGUCUACAUGGACAGAGCCCACUCACUGCCUUUGAAGAAGAGUGGGAAGGAGCCAAUGGCUGGAGCUGAGCUUGUUCUGGGAGAGACAACAUAUAGAACCAAGGUGUGUGAUCGUACCAAUUCCCCCCAAUGGGAAGAGGCUUUCUACUUCCUGGUUCGUGACCCCAGAGAGGAGAUUCUCAUAGUGAAGCUCUCCAGUGCUUGGGAUCAGGCGAUGGGUUCUCUGGUGGUACCAGUCAGAGAGCUGCUGUCAGAACCAGAUCUUGUCCUGGAUCAGUGGCUGAGUCUGGAUGGAGCCUCACCUGACAGUCAGAUUCUACUGAGGGCUGAACUGAAGAUCCUGAACUCGAAGAUGACUGAGGGUGUUGGGGUACCACAAGGCUCUGUCUCAGGUCCAGAAACUAUUACUAGUUGGAGUUACAGUGAGGAGGAAGAACCAAUCACUAUUGAGCAGCCAGUUACUGCGACCAUUGAGGAGGACCAAGACAGUGAGGUGCCCUCUGAGGAAUCUGUUGCAGUCUCUAGCCAACCCUCUAUCUCUGAAACUGAGGAAGCAGAGGUUGUCUUUGAGGUCCCUAAAGAAGACCCCAGCCCUCCUGAGACACUCCACACCCCUGACCCCAGCUUUGAAACUGAGCAGAAAGAGGAGCCAGAAGAACCUAUCACAGUCACCCAACUGUCAGUCACAGCAGACACUGAGGAGCUCCAACCCUGGCAGGGGCCAACGGCAGGAUCUGUUACAGAGGACAUUGCCAGAGCUACAGUGUCUAGCCUUCCUUCUGUGUCUGUACCUGAGGAAGCUGAGGUCAUGCCUGAUGUCAUCCCUGAAACACGCCCUCCUCACACUACCCCUCACCCAAGUUUUGGCACUGAGGGGGUGCUGAGAAUCCAUGUACUGGAGGCCCAGGAUCUGGUUGCCAUGGAUAAGCUGAUGGGGGGCCUGAAGAAGGGCAAGAGUGACCCUUAUGUCAAGAUCAACAUCGGAGUGGUCAAGUUUAAGAGUCGUGUGAUCAAGGAGAACCUCAACCCCACCUGGAACGAGAUGUUUGAGACGGUGCUGAACCCCCAGGCUGGUCAGGAGGUCCAGGUAGAGCUGUAUGAUAAAGACAUGGAUGCGGAUGACUUCCUGGGAAGGUUUAUGAUGAGGCUGAGUGAUGUCAUCAGUUCCCAGUACACAGACCAGUGGUACACACUGAAUGAUGUGAAGUCAGGUCGUCUUCACCUGGUACUGGAGUGGGUACCAACAGUAUCACAACCAGACAGACUGAAUAAGGUGCUGCAGCUGCAGUCUCUCCAGUCCUACCAGAACAAGGCUGUUCCCUCUGCUGCUCUGCUCUUCGUCUACAUGGACAGAGCCCACUCACUGCCUUUGAAGAAGAGUGGGAAGGAACCAAAGGCUGGAGCUGAGCUUGUUCUGGGAGAGACAACAUAUAGAACCAAGGUGUGUGAUCGUACCAACUCCCCCCAAUGGGAAGAGGCUUUCUACUUCCUGGUUCGAGACCCCAGAGAGGAGAUUCUCAUAGUGAAGCUCUCCAGUGCUUGGGAUCAGGCGAUGGGUUCUCUGGUGGUACCAGUCAGAGAGCUGCUGUCAGAACCAGAUCUGGUCCUGGAUCAGUGGCUGAGUCUGGAUGGAGCCUCACCUGACAGUCAGAUUCUACUGAGGGCUGAGCUUAAGAUCCUGAACUCGAAGAUGACUGAGGGUGUUGGUGUACCACAAGGCUCUGUCUCAGGUCCAGAAAUUAUUAUGAGUGGGAGGUACAGUGAGGAGAAGGAACAAAUUACCACUGAGCAGCCAUUUACUGCAACAAUUGGGGAGAAGCAACACAGUGAGGUGCCCUCUGAGGAAUCUGUUGCAUUCUCCAGCCAACCCUCUAUCUCUGAACCUGAGGAAGCAGAGGUGGUCUUUGAGGUCCCCAAAGAAGACCCCAGCCCUCCUGAGACACUCCCACCACACACCACCCCUGACCCCAGCUUUGAUACUGAGAUAGAGGAGCCAGAAGAAACUGAGGAACCUAUCACCCAACUGUCAGUCACAGCAGACACUGAGGAGCUCCAACCCUGGCAGGGACCAACGGCAGGAUCUGUUACAGAGGACAUUGCCAGAGCUACAGUGUCUAGCCUUCCUUCUGUGUCUGUACCUGAGGAAGCUGAGGUCAUGCCUGAUGUCAUCCCUGAAACACGCCCUCCUCACACUAUCCCUCACCCAAGUUUUGGCACUGAGGGGGUGCUGAGAAUCCAUGUACUGGAGGCCCAGGAUCUGGUUGCCAUGGAUAAGCUGAUGGGGGGCCUGAAGAAGGGCAAGAGUGACCCCUAUGUCAAGAUCAACAUCGGAGUGGUCAAGUUUAAGAGUCGUGUGAUCAAGGAGAACCUCAACCCCACCUGGAACGAGAUGUUUGAGACGGUGCUGAACCCCCAGGCUGGUCAGGAGGUCGAGGUAGAGCUGUAUGAUAAAGACAUGGAUGCGGAUGACUUCCUGGGAAGGCUUAUGAUGAGGCUGAGUGAUGUCAUCAGUUCCCAGUACACAGACCAGUGGUACACUCUGAAUGAUGUGAAGUCAGGUCGUCUUCACCUGGUACUGGAGUGGGUACCAACAGUAUCACAACCAGACAGACUGAAUAAGGUGCUGCAGCUGCAGUCUCUCCAGUCCUACCAGAACAAGGCUGUUCCCUCUGCUGCUCUGCUCUUCGUCUACAUGGACAGAGCCCACUCACUGCCUUUGAAGAAGAGUGGGAAGGAGCCAAUGGCUGGAGCUGAGCUUGUUCUGGGAGAGACAACAUAUAGAACCAAGGUAUGUGAUCGUACCAACUCCCCCCAAUGGGAAGAGGCUUUCUACUUCCUGGUUCGAGACCCCAGAGAGGAGAUUCUCAUAGUGAAGCUCUCCAGUGCUUGGGAUCAGGCGAUGGGUUCUCUGGUGGUACCAGUCAGAGAGCUGCUGUCAGAACCAGAUCUGGUCCUGGAUCAGUGGCUGAGUCUGGAUGGAGCCUCACCUGACAGUCAGAUUCUACUGAGGGCUGAGCUUAAGAUUCUAAACUCGAAGAUGACUGAGGGUGUUGGUGUACCACAAGGCUCUGUCUCAGGUCCAGAAAUUAUUAUGAGUGGGAGGUACAGUGAGGAGAAGGAACAAAUUACCAUUGAGCAGCCAGUUACUGCAACAAUUGGGGAGAAGCAACACAGUGAGGUGCCCUCUGAGGAAUUUGUUGCAGUCUCCAGCCAACCCUCUAUCUCUGAACCUGAGGAAGCAGAGGUGGUCUUUGAGGUCCCCAAAGAAGACCCCAGCCCUUCUGAGACACUACCACCACACACCACCCCUGACCCCAGCUUUGAUACUGAGAUAGAGGAGCCAGAAGAAACUGAGGAACCUAUCACCCAACUGUCAGUCACAGCAGACACUGAGGAGCUCCAACCCUGGCAGGGGCCAACGGCAGGAUCUGUUACAGAGGACAUUGCCAGAGCUACAGUGUCUAGCCUUCCUUCUGUGUCUGUACCUGAGGAAGCUGAGGUCAUGCCUGAUGUCAUCCCUGAAACACGCCCUCCUCACACUACCCCUCACCCAAGUUUUGGCACUGAGGGGGUGCUGAGAAUCCAUGUACUGGAGGCCCAGGAUCUGGUUGCCAUGGAUAAGCUGAUGGGGGGCCUGAAGAAGGGCAAGAGUGACCCCUAUGUCAAGAUUAACAUCGGAGUGGUCAAGUUUAAGAGUCGUGUGAUCAAGGAGAACCUCAACCCCACCUGGAACGAGAUGUUUGAGACGGUGCUGAACCCCCAGGCUGGUCAGGAGGUCCAGGUAGAGCUGUAUGAUAAAGACAUGGAUGCGGAUGACUUCCUGGGAAGGUUUAUGAUGGGGCUGAGUGAUGUCAUCAGUUCCCAGUACACAGACCAGUGGUACACUCUGAAUGAUGUGAAGUCAGGUCGUCUUCACCUGGUACUGGAGUGGGUACCAACAGUAUCACAACCAGACAGACUGGAUCAGGUGCUGCAGCUACAGUCUCUCCAGUCCUACCAGAACAAGGCUGUUCCCUCUGCUGCUCUGCUCUUUGUCUACAUGGACAGAGCCCACUCACUGCCUAUGAAGAAGAGUGGGAAGGAGCCAAAGGCUGGAGCUGAGCUUGUUCUGGUGGACACAACCUACAGAACAAAGGUGUGUGAUCGCACCAACUCCCCCCAGUGGGAUGAGGCUUUCUACUUUCUGGUUCGUGAUCCUAAAGAAGAGAUGCUCAUAGUGAAGCUCUCCAGUGCUUGGGAUCAGGCGAUGGGUUCUCUGGUGGUACCAGUCAGAGAGCUGCUCUCACAACCAGAUCUAGUCCUGGAUCAGUGGCUGAGUCUGGAUGGAGCCUCACCUGACAGUCAGAUUCUACUGAGGGCUGAACUCAAGAUUCUGGAAUCUAAAAUGGUGGACCUGAUAGGUCAUGGAAUUCUUCCGUGUGCUGCAGGAAACUGUGGGCAGGUGAAGCUGUCUCUCUCCUAUGCCUCAAAGAAGAAGAAACUGACCAUCACAGUCCACGCCUGCAGGGAUCUGGAGUCGUCCAGUAAAGAUGGUCUAGACACCUACGUCUCCCUCAUGCUGCUGCCCGACAAAAACAAGGCCACCAAGAGGAAGACAAGCAUCAAGAAGAGAGACCUCAACCCAGAAUAUAACGAAAGGUUUGAGUUUGAGCUGUCUGUGGAGGAGGCCAGGCGCAGGCAUCUGAGUGUGUCAGUGAAGAACAGCAAAGCCUCCUUCAGGAGCAGCGAUCUCAUUGGACAGGUGCAGAUAGAGCUGGCUCAGAUUGACCUGGCCUCAGGGGUCACAGAAUGGUUUGACUUGAAACAGGAAGCUGAAUAGUGGAUCUGUCAUACCACAGGGUUAAAGUUCACCUGUACAGCCUAACUCACGCCGAUGCCUUCCCCCACCUACCACUGCUGCAGCCUUCCCUGUCCUAUCACCUGUUAAUGUCUAUCUCUAAAUAUCCACAUAUCAAUAUUAUCACUAAAGACAGGGCUCAAUAGGUCAGAACCUGGAUUGAUCCAGGAGAAAGUCUGCAUUAUAUAGUUUCAUCUGAAGUUUAUACCUAGUAUUAAUAGUUAAGGUCAAAAUGUGUACAUACUUAUGAAAAGGUUGAUGGUUAUACCUGCAUACUUUAAGAACUGAUGAGGGUUAUACCCGUUUAUUAAGGUUACUUUUGAAGUUUACAUUAAUAACUUGUUAGGGAUAUUUGAAGAUCAUAUGAAGGUUAUGUACGUUAAAGGUUAAUGUACUAAUGAACGAUAGCUACAUGCAUUUAUCUUGCUAAAGUAAUAUCAGUAAGGAAGGAGUUAAUAUUAUCAAGGUAAAGAGACUCUUGCCUGAUCCAGGAAGUGAAUAGGGACCAGCAUGCGUUGUCAGUAUAUGGUAUCAGAUUGGUAUUAUCAAAUAACUUGUUAUCAAAGUAACAAUAAUUUUGGAAGAUAUCAGCAAAUUCCAUUAUAUUAUGGAAUGAUGUUUGCUGUGGAAAAUUGUUAAGUAUGUUAAUACUAAUAGAAGGAUAAUGAGGAAGUAAAAUGUUAAGUAUAGUAUGAGUCCUUGCGGAUUGAGAGAGAAAAAUCAGGUCCGGGACAAGGUAGCACGUCCGGUGAACAGUACACUUUAACCCAAAUCUUUUACUCAGUGUCUAGUCAGGAACCUCCCUUAUUAAAAGAGCAUUGAUUUUACUUUGCCUUAUGUUAUCACAGAGACUUCUAUAGUAUAUAUUGUACCAAUGGGGUGUCAGGGUAGCCUAGUGGUUAGAGCGUUGGACUAGUAACCGAAAGGUUACAAGUUCAAAUCCCCGAGCUGACUAGGUACAUAUCUGUCAUUCUGCCCCUGAACAGGCAGUUAACCCACUGUUCCUGAAAAUUAGAAUGUUCUUAACUGACUUGCCUAGUUAAAGGUUUAAAUAAAUAAAUAUAUAUAUAUAUGUAAACAGUACUGCCAUGUGAAAUUCAGCCAAUUAUGAAGGCACUCUGAUAUUACAGUUAUUAAUUUCUAACUAAUACAAAAAAAGCCAUUUGUAUUGUCAUACAUGUCAUGCAUUCCAUUCCAUUCUGCUACAUCAUAUAUUUUUGCUGCUUUGUGUUUUACAUUUGUUUUGAUGUGUAUCUUUGUUUUUUUAACACAUUACAAUUGUGCAUAUAUUCAUCCUUUCUAGCAGGGUUGUGCUCAUUUCAGAAUGAAAGGAAUGCCUCAAAUUCCAAUCAAAUUUGUGAAUUUUAAUUGAAGUAGUAAAUGGGAUAUAUACUUUGCUAUCCUGAAGUGUGACUUUCAGAUUCAAUUCAAUUUCAACGUAUGUUUUAUAAUUGAAUAGAAUGUAUUUCAAUUGCACUGAAUUCAAUUCAAAUCUGAAAAAGAUUAUCCUAAAAUCAGUGUGCGUCAUGGCAGUCAAAUAAAGUUUUUGCACCCCCA